AAAAUACAAACACUUUUUGAUAACAGUUUUGAUUGGGUUUUGAAAUUAAACACACGUUUAAUACUGUGUUAUAAACACAACCAAUGAUUAACGCAAUUAGUGUUUAGUUUAGUUUUUAUUACAAGUGAUUUAAUUAACUAAUAUAUAAUUAACAAGUGUUUGAAAAAACCACUCAAAAACUUACCCGAGAAGUGAAACACCCGUUCGGAGCCGAAGACUAUGUCCACCACUCAAGCGGUGGCCCGACGGGGAGGUCGAGGCGGCGGCGGUGGAGGGGCCGCAGCGGCCGCCGAUGACUCGGCCGUACAACAGGCUAAUGGUCAACAACAGGCGCCCGUCGAAGCGCAAGCACCGGCCCAACCGGCAGGUCUGGCUACCCGUGACCCCCGACCCCACUAUCCGGUGACCAAUCGUAACCGAUUCUGGUCGGUGGCUCAGGGCUUGAUAUUCCGUGGGCUCAUCAUAUACUUCAUCACAUCAUUCUUCAGAGGCCGGUCCGCUCCCCAGACGGCCGGCACCGGUGGGCCCAACAGUCCGCUCACAGGCGCCAAACCCGUCAUCUCCUCAUCUAAUCUAUUCACUAACGGAACAGUUAUGGAUCUGUUUCUAUACAUAUGCGACGACGAACUGAAACCGGACUUUGAUAACAAACAGCAACUCGUAUGGCACGAGUCGGGUCUCGUGUACGGCGACUGGACGUCUGGGCCCACCGGCGACGGUAUAUACACGAAGGACGUGAACGUCCCGCUAUCGCCGAGCGUACAAAAUAACGGCUCUUUAUGGCUACACAUAUACGUAACCAAAUGGACAGGACUGCGACCGCCGUCGGCGCCCUCUAAGGCGGGCUUUCGGCCACUGGAGACGAUUCACAAGCGCCGACAGCUGAACAGAUAUAAGCGCCGGUACUAUAAGAAGACGCACAACUUGUUGAGCGGCGAAACGGUGGCCACCAAAGAGGAACAGGAGAAGGCCGAGGCCAACAUCAAACACGAGGUGAUGUCCCACUGGCACCCGAACCUUACCAUCAAUAUCAUCGACGAUCACACGCCGUGGGUCAGGGGCUCAGUGCCCGUGCCGUUGGACGAGUUCGUGGAGUUCGAGCCCACGACCGGCCAAUACUAUCCAAUUGUUUACGUCAACGACUACUGGAAUCUGGGGAGAGAUUAUAUGCCCAUCAAUGAUACUGUCGAUGAAAUCUCGCUGAAGCUGACAUACCAGCCCCUGUCGAUGUUCAGGUGGCAACUGUACACCGCGCAGGCCAUGCGCUCCCGAUGGACGUCAUUCAUGGGCUCCGACCUCAUGGAACAGGACGACGACGAACAGGAUCUGCUCAAAGAGACAUUCCUCGAGACGUCGCCCAUACUGUUGGGCCUAACGGUGUUGGUGUCCAUCACUCACUCCGUGUUUGAGUUCUUGGCCUUUAAAAACGACAUCCAGUUUUGGAAGAACCGGCGUUCGCUGGAGGGCCUGUCGGUGCGGUCGGUGUUUUUCAACGUGUUCCAGUCGGUGAUAGUGUUGCUGUACGUGUUGGACAACGACACCAAUAUGGUUAUUAGGGCGUCGGUAGGCAUAGGACUGCUCAUCGAGUUGUGGAAGAUUAAGAAAGUGGUCAACAUUGAGAUCGAUUGGGAGCGCCGCUGGUUUGGCACUAUUCCCAGAGUGCUGUUCUCCGAUAAGGGCUCGUACGUCGAGAGCGCGACCCGUCAGUACGAUAUGUUGGCGUUCAAAUACCUGUCGUGGGCUUUGUUUCCAUUGUUGGUCGGCUAUAGUAUAUAUUCACUGCUAUAUAAUGAACAUAAGGGCUGGUAUUCGUUCGUAUUGAAUAUGAUUUACGGAUUUUUACUCACUUUCGGUUUCAUCAUGAUGACACCGCAACUGUUCAUCAACUAUAAGCUGAAAUCGGUGGCACACCUCCCGUGGCGGAUGUUGUCCUACAAAUUCCUCAACACAUUCAUUGACGACAUCUUCGCGUUUGUCAUCAAAAUGCCGACAAUGUAUCGGUUGGGCUGUUUCCGAGACGACAUCAUAUUCUUGAUAUUCCUAUACCAGCGCUGGAUCUAUCGCGUGGACCACUCGCGGCUCAACGAGUUCGGUGUCAGCGGCGAUGAUUUGGCCGCCGCCGACGCCUACGUGGCCGCCGGCGGUGUCGCCAAUGCGGUCACAGCGGGCGCUGAUGGCGAUGACGAGCCGCCAACAGACGCGGACACGACGCCGGCCUCUGGCGGUCAAGAAGACAAGAAAAAUAUUUAA